AUGAUGGUAAUGAAGUCAAGAUCUAUAUGUUUUAAGUCCACAAAUGGUCUUGAUUCUUUUUCUUCAAAAGUUGAGGAGCAACCCUAUACUAUCACCAUGAUAAAUUCUGACCAGUCGAAAAGAAUUUCUAUUCUUGAGAAAUUUAGUGUUUCUCUCUUCCUGGCAUUUUGCAUGAUCCCAGAUGAGUCCAUUCCGAAGCAGUUAGAGGUUUAUGUACUUAUUGAAUCACUUAAAGCACACUUCUCUCCUUCAAUAUAUGGUUCAUUCAUAGAGUUGUUGAACCAUAUGGGCACAUUGCUUGUAACGGGUAAAUUGGGGGUCUUAAACUCCUCUCAUCCUCCCAAUAUUGAUUGGGUUGUGCCAACACAUUCUACUUUUGGCAUAUCCAUUGUUUCAAAAAUUGAUUUGGUUGAUCUUGAAGUUGACCUUGAAUAUUGUGGAGAUAGCAGCUCAAAACUCAUGGUUUCCUUACAAAAAAUGGUCUUAAGGUAUGUUUCUACAGAAUUUGAGGAAUUUUUGGUCAGUAUGAAGUCUUUAAUCAUCUGUGCUAAUAAAAUGAAAGAAGACAGACAUGUGCUUUUAUCUGGGAAUUUAUCUUCUCCUGGUGCUACAGUUGGAGAAGACUGUGUUCCUGGACCAAAUAUUGAAUUUGAUCAAUAUUCUGAUAUGGCUAUGCUAGCUGAUUCAUGUUUAGUUAUGCAUUAUGAAUCUUCCAGAACUAAUUUGGUUUGUCAUAGGAUUUUUAUGUGCUUAAGUAACAUUGAUAUCCACUGCUACCCUCAUAUUACUGGAGUGCUCAUUGACUUCUUUCAUAGGUUGUCUGCCUAUACUAGCCGUUUUAAUAAAUCCUCUGCCAGUAAUACUGUGGACUUUUCAAAAAUAUUCUCAAGGUUGGAGUUACAAAAAUUUGGCUUCUCAAAUUAUUUUGAAUUUGGUUCCAUUGAUUCUGCUUGCAUUCCAAUUGACUGCUUUCCAUUUGUUACAAUUCACAAUUCUGGUUCUCUUGGUAAUCUAGAGAGCACACUCAUACAUGGCAUUGCUGACUGGAAAAAAUAUCUUAUUGUGAGGGACAGACAAAUAGAAAAUUUCAGCAUAAAUAUGAGAAGAGGGCCCAAAAUUUUCCAAGUCUCUCCCCCAAAAUCCAAAUCUGAUUUUGGAUGUUUGCAAGAAUCGGGGACUGGCGGCAACUGUGAUAUUUUCUAUACUGAGUUGCACCUUUUUGGAAUAAGAGCACAUUUUCAUGACUCAUCAUGCAUUGUUGGGACAAUCGUGGUGCCUACAUCCAAGUCUUCUCUAUUAUUCUGUGAAGACAGUAUGGAUAUAUUGUCUUCUUCUGAAGGAUUGGCUCUUACAUCAUCUUGGGCCCCGCAAAAUUUUCAAGAUUAUCUAUGGGGUCCCGCUUCACCAAAUCUGUCUCCUAUUUUAAAUGUACGGGUCAGGAGAGGACACAAUAUGUCUGCAACUGCUGAUCUAGAAAUAAGCAUUGGCAUUCAGCAUGUCAACUGCAUGUUACCAUCUGAAUAUCUUUCCAUUAUCAUUGGUUACUUCUCAUUAUCUGAUUGGAAUGGUGCCUCUGGUGAUCAGUGUUCCUCUGAAGAGCAGAGUGAUAUAGAUGUUAAAAGUGAAAUGAAAAUUACAUAUAAAUUUGAAGUCUUGGACUCUAAUCUUAUUUUUCCAGUGGAAAGUAAUCGACAUCAGUUUAUAAAGAUUGAAAUGUCACAGCUUUAUUGUAGUUUCAUUGAGAAUUCUGGUGUUGAUGAUGUAUUAAAGAAUAUCCCUCCUGAAUGUGCAGUUCCUAUUCAUAAGCUCGCCAAAAGAAACAAUUGUCUAAAUGUGUUUGGGCGAGACUUGUUCGUAUCUUUCCUUCUUUACAAGAGCGAUUUACUUGGCUUAGCAACAAUUGGAUGGAAUACAGAAUUUCUAACCAGUGCUUUAAUUGCACCCAUAAAUGCAGAUAUUUGGGUUAGAAUUCCAUAUGAAAGCAAAUCUGAUUGCAAAAGCACUUCAUCAAUAUGUUUCAUGACAAGCAUCAAGAGUUGUCAUAUUGUUGCAGAAGAUUGCUAUUUUUUUGAUGGAUGUAUGGCCAUAUGUGAUGUUGUUGAGGAUUUUUCCUUGGUUGAUGAUCAAACCAAAUAUUUCAAGUCAGAUGUUCUGCAAUUCCUUCACUCAAAGAGAAGCUUAGAGGCAACUCAAACUAUUUCUCCGACACUGAUGGCCUCAACUAUAUCAACAGAAUUUAAAUGUUGCACACAAUCUUUAGUUAUAAGCUUCUGUGAAAAAAAAGAAGAUUAUGUGGAAUUAAUAGCCAAGGGUGAUCUGGGGUUUAUUUGUUCUGCAUGCAUAAUAAAUGAGUCCUUGGUAUAUUUAGAUCUGCGUUUCUCUACCUCAGUGUUUUACUCUCCACAUCAUUCUGUUUUAGCAAAAUGCAACCCAUCCUCCUUUUCCAUUUCAGUACUUCGUAUCUCUUUUUCUCAAUCUAUUGAUGGGAGAAAUGAAAUUGGCAUUUGUCUUUCUUCUGUUGAUAUUUGGCUUCAUUUGGCUGAGUGGACCAAGGUUGUUAAAUUCCUUAAUAAUUUCCAUGUACAUUCGGAAAAAGCCCCAGAGAAAUCUAUGACAAAUAGUUUGUCCAUGAAUGCUACUGAAAGCACCUCAGUACCUUAUACCUCAGAAGAGAUUAAGGAUGAUCUCGUAAUAAUUAAGUCAGAAAAUGUCUGUAUUACAUUUCACAUCCCUGUUUGGAUUGGCGAAGAAGCUUGUGUGGAAUUACAGCAUGCUGAAGGUCUCAAUGUGACACCUUCAAGUGUAUCCUCUGAUAUAGUAGAAUUCAAAGAUGCAAAAUUUUUUACUGUUGCUUUCAACAUGAAUGGUUUUGAAUUAAUCAUAAGAAGCAUGGGUAUCCAAUUGAAGUCCAUGAUGGAUAAACUAAGUGGUGUAAUAUUGAUAGUUGAGAAUGGAAGGCAUACAUCUAUGCCACUUUUUGAUGUAAUUGAGGUUGAUGUGGAUGUUGUACUAUGUAAGAAUCAUACGAAUGCCAUCAAACUGAAUGUGGAGAUUCUAUGUGAUAAUUCACAUGUAUGGAUUUCGCAUCCUGCCAUUCAUUUAUUUGGAGCUGUAAAAUUUUAUGUUCCAGAAUCAGGAUCUUCUCAACAUUCAACCGAUGGAUUUACUUUCAAAUUCCGCAUGAGGAAGGUUUCUAUUCUACUAACAGAUGGAAGGUGGAGCUAUAAUGGACCUGAGCUUGAAAUUCUUGUCAGAGACAUCUUGUUUCAUACAAUUUCAAGUGGAAAGCACAUAGAAUGUUCUGUCAACGGUGACCUUCAAGUGUCAUGGGAGCCUUUUAUGGAGCCUUGGCAGUUUCUGUUAACUUUAGUCAGGGAACAAGACAGUGUUCUGCCGAACAGGCCUGUUUCAACAAAUAUCAUUCUCAAAUCUACAACUCAGCUGAACAUUAAUAUCACAGAAUCCUUAGUUGAGUGUUUUUCACGCGUUAGAGAGAUUUUCUUUGAUGCUCCAGGUCUAAUGGGACUGGAUGACCAUAAAGGCGACAAACUUUUGCAUUCACCAUGUGCCGAAUACAUGUCUGCUAGAACAUGUCAUGCCCCUUAUGUUUUGCAAAACUUGACUUCUGUGCCUCUUUUAUAUCAUGUAUAUGACAGGCUUGUCAAUCCUGAUGAGCUUCGUGGUUCAAAUGAGAAUCAUGCAAAAUAUGUGCAACCAGGUUCUUCAAUUCCGAUAUACAUGGAUGAAAAUACUGAAAAGAAACUUUCACGUUUCAGGCCUUCUCACUCUUCUGAUAGUUUAAAUGAGCAAAGGUUAAAUGGAUUUGCUCAUCAUUAUAUUACUGUACAGCUUGAAGGAACUUCAAGGUCGUCUGAUCCUAUUUCAAUGGAUUUAGUGGGACUAACGUGCUUUGAGGUUAAUUUCUCCAAGACCUAUAAUGAAACUGCCGAGGAUGGUUGUCUGAAUACAGCCCCUACUUUUGUUGUUCCGGUUGUAUUUGAUGUUUCAGUGUUGCGCCAUAGCAAAUUAAUUCGAAUAUACUCCACUGUUGUGCUUCUAAAUGCAACCUCAACACCUCUUGAGCUGCGGUUUGAUAUUCCAUUUGGUGUGUCACCAACGCUAUUAGGUCCAAUACAACCUGGGAAGCAGUUUCCACUUCCACUACAUUUGGCUGAAGCUGGCUGUGUAAGGUGGCGACCGAUGGGGAACUCUUACUUGUGGAGCCCAAUAUAUGUUACUGUAGAGAAAGUGAUGGAUGCAUAUUCUGGUAGUAGGGAACUAGUCUUUUUCGUUCCCUUUAUUUUAUAUAACUGUUCGGGUUUUCCCAUGUGUGUAACGGAACACACGGGUGAAAUGAAUGAAAAGGGAUUUGUCAUCCCUUCUUAUUGUGAUCUGGGUGAAAAUGAAAUGUUAUCUUUUAAAAAGGAUGGUCUUUCUUUGUUUACAUCCAACCAUGAAUUACCCGCAGAAGUACCUCAUAACCCAAGGAGUUAUAUGAAGAAUCAUACCAUUUCUUGCAGAGAGGAUGAUAGUGCAAACUCUAUUGGAAAUUACCAUAAAAUGUUGGGAAGGCAACAAAGCAAAGUUGAUUCUGUAUUUCGAAAUUAUUCUUCAGGAAGAUUGAAGAGUACACUGAGCUCAAGCAUACAGUCCACUUGGAAGUAUUCAGGUUCUGGUAAUCAUGAGCAUGAAAAGGUUCGGCCAUGCAUUUAUUCUCCAAGCCCUGAUUCCUCUGUAAAUGAUGCUUUUGUUAAAGUCAGUAGACGUUUUCCUGAAGAUGUUAAGGAGCAGUUGCCAUAUUCCUUAUGGUCAAAUCCAUUUUCUCUGCUACCACCAAGUGGUUCAAGCACUAUCCUUGUUCCUCAGUUGACUUCAAAUUCUGCAUUUAUUCUAGCUAUGACAUCGAACUCAGUUGCUGAACAAUAUGCUGGGAGGACAAACGCAAUCACUUUCCAGCCUAGAUAUGUAAUCAGCAACGCAUGCAGCAAGGAAAUAUCCUACAAGCAGAAAGGCACUGAUGUCAUGUUUUAUUUAGGAAUAGGAAAACAUGACCAUCUUCACUGGACAGAUACAACGAGGCUGGUAUACAUACCAAAUCCAAUAGUGCUGGACGUGAGGGAGCUGCUUGUUUCAAUUUGUUAUAAUGAACCUGGAUGGCAGUGGUCCGGAAGCUUUUUACCAGAUCAUCUGGGUGAUACACUACUGAAAAUGAGGAACUUUGUUUUCGGAACUUCCAACAUGAUACGGGUUGAAGUGCAGAAUGCUGACAUAUCCAUGGGAGACGAAAAGAUAGUUGGAAACAUCAAGGGAAACUCAGGGACCAACUUGAUUCUUUUUUCGGAUGAUGAUACUGGGUAUAUGCCAUACAGAAUUGAUAACUUCUCAAAAGAGAGCCUUAUCCUACCAGGUAAGAGAUUGCGAAUAUAUCAGCAGAGAUGUGAAAAGUUUGACGCAGUCAUUCACUCCUAUGCUUCUUACCAGUACACCUGGGAUGAACCCUGCUAUCCUCGUCGUCUUAUUGUGGAGGUACCUGGAGAGCGAGUUUUAGGAUCAUAUGACCUUGAUGAUGUUAAAGGAUAUAUGCCUGUUUACCUGCCGUCAACCUCUGAGAAGCCCGAGAGGACUUUCUAUUUAUCCGUACACGCAGAGGGAGCAACGAAGGUCCUUAGUGUGCUUGAUUCAAAUUACCAUAUGUUUAAUGAUGUGAAGAAGUCAAGUUUCGCACAUGCUACAGAGAAAAGGUUGUAUGAUCACAAUGUAGUAAGGGCUUCGGCAUACAAGGAGAAAAUAUCAAUUUUUGUUCCAUAUAUUGGGAUUUCAUUGAUUGAUUCAUACCCACAGGAAUUGCUUUUUGCCUGUAUUAAGGAUGUUCAAAUGAAUCUACUGCAAAGUGUGGAUAGGCAAUGUUUUUCCUUGCUGAUAUCAAUCUUACAAAUUGAUAACCAAUUGCGCUCGACUCCAUAUCCAGUUAUGCUAUCCUUUGACGGUGGAUACAGAUCUGGCCAAGUUGAUAAUUUGCAAUCCAGGAAUGAUGUUACAAAAGCAAGAAUCGAAAAUUUAAGUCAAAUGGGCAGCUCUUCUGUUCCUGUGUUAUGCCUAGAAAUAUCAAAGUGGAGGAAAAAGGACAUUUCAUUUAUUUCAUUUGAAUACAUAAAAUUGAGAAUUGAAGAUUUCCGUCUUGAGAUUGAACAAGAAGUUAUAUUAAGCUUGUUUGAGUUUUUCACAAAUGUCUGUUCAGGGCUGCAAUAUGGAAUCACGCCAUCUCCAGUUCAUUAUGAUGGAGCAUCACUAGAGAAUUCAUCCUCAUUUGUUCAAACUAGUGAGAAAUUCAGAUUAAGUGCUGACCAGUGUCCUCCAAGAGUUGCUCCCAUGUUCAAUGGAAAACCUAAACGGGUUGCCGCUUUGCCUUCCAUUGUUCCAAUUGGAGCCCCAUGGCAGGAAAUCUAUCUGUUGGCUAGAACCCAGAAGAAAAUUUAUAUUGAAAUGCUUGAAUUAGCACCAAUAAAGUUGACUUUAAGUUUUUCCAGUGCUCCAUGGAUGCUUCGGAAUAGGAUCCUGACACCAAAGGAAUUUCUUAUCCAUAGAGGUCUUAUGGCUCUUGCUGAUGUUGAGGGAGCACAUAUUUAUUUGAAGGAUUUAAUCAUUUCACAUCAUAUGGCUAGUUUGGAAUCCAUUCAGGAGAUUCUAAUUAGGCAUUAUAACCGCCAACUACUUCAUGAGACUUACAAGUUGUUUGGUUCGGCUGGUGUCAUUGGUAAUCCCCUGGGUUUUGCACGGAGCAUGGGCCUUGGCAUUAGAGAUUUUUUGUCUGUGCCUGCGAAGAGCAUUGUGCGGAGCCCUACUGGACUUAUUAUGGGAAUGGCUCAAGGCACCACUAGUCUUUUAAGCAACACAGUGUAUGCUAUUAGUGAUGCAGCUUCUCAAUUCAGUAAAGCUGCGCGCAAGGGUAUUGUUGCAUUUACAUAUGAUGAUCAAGCUGUCUCAAGGAUGGAGAAACACCAGACAACUGUAACUUCUGACAGCAAAGGUGUAAUUAAUGAAGUAUUAGAGGGACUCACAGGUCUUCUCCAGUUUCCAAUAACAGGAGCUGAGAGGCAUGGUCUUCCUGGUGUCCUCUCUGGAGUUGCGUUAGGGAUUACAGGACUUGUGGCUAAACCUGCUGCUAGUAUACUUGAAGUUACGGGAAAAACUGCACUCAGUAUUAGAAAUCGUAGUAGACCCAGUCAAUUAAGACAGCAACACUUCAGGAUUCGGCUUCGAAGGCCUCUGUGCCGUGAAUUUCCAUUAAAACCUUAUUCGUGGGAAGAAGCAGUUGGGACAUCCGUACUUGUUGAAGCUGAUGAUGGUUUGAAGUUCAAAGAUGAGAAGUUGGUGGCUUGCAAAGCCCUUAAAGAAGCUGGUAAAUUUGUUGUCUUAACCGAAAGAUUUGUACUGAUUGUUUUCAGUGCAAGUUUGAUAAACUUAGGCAAGCCUGAAUUUUGUGGCAUCCCUGUUGAUUUGGAGUGGAUAAUUGAAUGGGAGAUUGGACUAGAGAAUAUAAUACAUGCUGACUGUAGUGAAGGGGUUCUACACAUAGUUGGUAGUAGGCCAGACUCCUUAUUGAGGCAAAAUCAGCACUCUCCCAAGGGAGGUAGUGGUGGCAGAACUAGAUCUGUACGUUGGAACCAAUAUGGCACUCAUCUUCCAUUUCCUCAGACAAACUUGGAACUAGCCAGUAAGGAAGAUGCAGCCAAUUUGUUACAGAUUUUAUUGUCUGCUAUCGAAAAAGAGAAAGGUAAAGCGUGGGACUGUGGGCGGAUUCUGCAUCGGGCUAGAAUGAAAUAG